AUGGCGGCGACGGCCGGGGCGGCCGCGGAGAUCGUGCGGGAGAUCGCGGCCGUGGGCGCCGCCGACCUGGCCGCCGCCGCGGAGCCGCUGCGGGCCGACUGCCUCCGCCUCGCGCGCAAGGUGUCCCUGCUCACGCACCUCGUCGCCGAGGUCGCCGAGGCGGUGGGGCAGGACGGCGCGGCCGAGCCCGAGGCGACGACCUGGGUGGCCGACCUGCUCCGGGCGCCGCUACGGGUCGAGAUGGGCACCCGCCGCCCCCUUGUCCUCCAGAUGGUCCACGACCCCACCGCCCUCGAUCCCCGCUGCCGCUUCCAGGUGCGUGACGCGCUUCACCUCUUCUAG